AUGGAGAAGCUGCAGCAAGAAGUCAAGGAGGCCCAAGAAAAGUUGGACAGAGAGACGGUGCUCUUGGCUCGACAGGAGGAGAAGCCGCAGCAGCAGAACACCCGCAUCGACGAGAUCAGCGUGCCCAAGGCGGGGCAAGGCUGGGCAGCGACAGUCGCAUUCCUGGAGCAAGCGACCAAGUGCCUGCGCGACCGCAACGCCGACCCGAAGCGUACAGAUGCGCCACGACACGCUCAACAGCAGCAGCAAGUUGAGGAGGACCGUGCCAAGGUGGCCGCGGACGAGGCGGCAGAGAAGAAGGGGUUCUUCACCGUGAAUGCGAACGCCAUCGGCACGCUGGAGCGCGCGCUUCGGUCCAUGCGGUAUACGCACACGUCGCCAGCUACCACGGCGCAGGAGUUGCAAGCGAGUCCGCGCACCCUCCCCUGUUUCGUGCAGCGAACGCAGAAGGAAGGCUGGCGCCUGGGCAUCGCCACCAGCGUCCGCGCCAAGGCAGGCGGGCGGAGCGCAGGAGUGCUCCCAGCCACUGUCCGGCCCAACAGCAUGGGCUACGCCAAAGGCCUCGCCGCGUGGGACAUCUCGCCGCACGAGUCCAAGGGCCACCUCGCGAUCGGGUGGAUCGACUCCCUCGGCAAGCAGGGGGUCUCCACCGGGACCGCGUACAUCUGGGCCAGCGAAGGCAUGACAGACCGCAACAAGGCCAUCCUGCGCAACUCCACCACGGCCGCAAUGGCGGCGGCCCGCUGA